CUGUAAUCUCGUCCCCACUAUCAGUCCUCAAUCCCACCACCCAGCUUUACCUCUCUUUCUCUCACACACACACGCGCGCGCACAAUCACCGUUUUCUCUCUCCUCGAUUAUCACGAACUAAUCGUGCUUUCUCUCUCUAGGGUUUUGAUACCCUGUUCUCGACCAAGUCUCUCCACCAUUUCUGCGAAGACUGUUUGUUAAUCUGGAGGUGCCGUACCUUCAUUUCUACCAUCAAAUGUACUUCCCGGUUAUUGGAAGAGGUUUUCUCUUGUAGCUCCCCGUUCGUCCGAUGUUAUCAGUGAUUAUGAGCAGCAGCAGCAACCAGCCGUUCGAAUCAGGUGUGGCAAAAGGCGCCGUCGUUGAGGAGUCGCAGCCUAGGGUUCUGGUUUCAGGUGAUGAAAAUGUGACUUCGAAUGUAAAUUUAAGCUCAGAUACAGUUGAUUCGGAUGACCGAGGGGGUUCUAGGGUUUCCUUGCAUGUUGAUGAGAAUUUUAGGGUGCCGGGUGGGGAUGGUAGUAUAGUUGUUGAUUUUAGGGGUUCUGAGGAGGGGAGGAUUUCGGAAGGUGUUGUUGAGGUUAAUGAAUUUAGGGUUUGCGAAAUUAAAUUCGAGGGCGUGGAUGAGGAAUUGAAAGGUGUGAGUGGAAAUGCGUUCACGGGGGAGGACGUGAAAGUUCAGUCUGAUACGGAUGAUUUUGAUGUUAAAAGUAAUGCAGGAAAGGAUAGUGUUGUUAAUCGAAAGAAUGAUUCUUUGAAGGAGAGCAGUUCGGAUUAUGAUUCAUUACUUUCUAUGUUUGACCAAUACGCCUCAAAUGGGAAAAGUGAAGCAGUGGGCUAUGGUUAUGAGAUUGGGGACAUGGUUUGGGGGAAAGUGAAGUCGCAUCCAUGGUGGCCAGGACAUAUCUUUAAUGAUGCUUUUGCUUCAGCUUCAGUUAGGAGGACUAAAAGGGAGGGGCAUGUGUUGGUAGCCUUUUUUGGCGAUAGCAGUUAUGGAUGGUUUGAUCCCGCGGAACUCAUACCCUUUGAGCCAAACUUUCCUGAGAAGUCAAAGCAGACGAAUUCCAGGACUUUCGUGCAUGCUGUGGAGGAGGCCCUUGAGGAGGUGAAUCGGAGGCAGGCACUAGGAUUGGUUUGUAGGUGCAGGAACCAGUUUAAUUAUCGGGCUACAGAUGCUGAGGGCUACCUUUCUGUAGAUGUGGGUGAUUAUGAGCCAGGAUUUUAUUCAAUUAGCCAAAUCAAGAAAGCAAGGGAGAGUUUUAACCCUCGAGCCAUGUUUGACUUUGUAAAGCAAUUGGCUGUAGCACCUAUGAGUGAUGAAUUUGGGACUCUUGAUCUUAUGAAGAACAAGGCCACUGUUUCAGUUUUUAGGAAGGCAGUGUUUGAGGAGUUUGAUGAGACUUAUGCUCAGGCUUUUGGUGCUAAGCCUGUACGACCUGUUACACCAUCAGUACCAGCGGAGCCAUCAAGAGUUCCCCUGAGUGGACGACAAGUAUUCGCAGAUACCCUGGGUAAAGGGAAGAGUUCUCCAAAACCAAAUAAAUUAAAGGACCACUCAGACAAAGACAAGUUUUUGUUUAAACGAAGAGAUGAACCAAUUGGAUCUAAAACCCAUAAAAUCGCUCGUGGGCAAACAGUUUCUUCUGGCGAGCCGCCACAGCUUGUGGGUUCUGUUCUUCCUCCCAAAGGCAUGCCACCAACCUUGGGAGAUCAAGCAAAUCAAACUUCAGUCUCUAGGAUGGCUGAGGUUCCUGAGCAAUCUGUCAGUCGACCAGUUGAUCUGGAAAAAGUUCGUGUAGCAGAACAAGGUCAAGAUUCUGUUGGUGGGAGUCUGGCUGCGCACACAAAGCUUGGUGAGGGUUCUAAAGUGAAAAACGAUAGUGGGAAAAAGAAAGUAAAAUUUUCUAAGCGUGCUGUUGCAGAAUUGAACUUGGAGAGUUCGGUUCCAGGAGAGAAAAUUAAGAAAAGAAAGAAACAAAUAGCCAAGGAAAGUGGGGAAUUGGCUGGGAUAGGUGGUGAAGCACCUCUUGAAAGGGAAGUGCUUGGAGACAAUCGUCACUUGAAAAAUCUUGGAAAUGAUGAUAAGAGUGGAAAUGUGUUUUUGCCAGAUAUUGGUACAGAUCCAGUUGUUGGAGAUAGGAACGCUCACCUUCAGCUUCCAGAAUUGCUCAAUGAUUUGCGUGCUCUUGCUCUUGAUCCCUUCCUGACUUCGGAUAGCUGUUAUCCUGGAAACCUAGUGCAGGUGUUUGUAAGAUUCCGUUCCCUUGUCUAUCAGAAAAGCUUGUCAUCACUGGAUUCUGCUGAGAAUGAAUUAAAAGAGGUUCGUGGUACAUUGCCAUCUCCUGCUGUCGCACAUGAUCACCCCACUGAUAGUGGAAGAGAGAAGUCAUCUGUAAGACCGCCUAAGCCAUCGGUCAGACUGGAGGAUCCGACAAAAGUUGGUCGGAAACGUGGCCCAUCAGAUCGUCAAGAGGAAAUGAUCCUGAAGAAAAAGAAAAAGAUGAGUGACCUGAAGGCACUCGCCGCAGAGAAGAAAGCUGCUCAGAGGGCUGCAGAAGUUCGACAGGGAGAUGGAAAAGAAAUGAGUGCAAAGGCCACAGCCCCAACAGCUGAAAAGAAGGCUUUGUCCGGAGAUGGGAAAGAAUUGCCUAGAAAAGCAAUGCCUACAGCUCCAUCCAAAUUUUCCAGAUCAGACUCCAAGAGAAGAGAACCACCUGCUAAAGUGUCUGAACCGACAAUGCUGAUUAUGAAGUUCCCACCAGAAGCAGCACUACCAUCUCCUGCAGAGUUAAAAGUCAAAUUUGCUCGAUAUGGGCCACUGGAUCAUUCAGGUACCAGAAUCUUUUGGAAAUCAUCUACGAUUCGUUUGGUCUACCUCUACAAAAGUGAUGCACAAGUAGCCUUAAGAUAUGCAACCAGUGGUAGUAAUCUAUUUGGGAACACCAAUGUGAGGUGCCACCUUCGUGAAUUGGGAGCUGAGACUGCUGAAACGGAGUCUACCAAGGUGGAGCCAAAUCUUGGCAUCCCACAACCUAAGGAUCCUCCAGCGUUGCGGCACAGGUUGGGUACAAAUACUGCCGCUUCGCCACUUCCCCAGGCGGGUCAGCCUAAAUCUAUUCUCAAGAAACCUCCUGGUGAAGAAGGGGCGUCAACUACCGGCGGUAACGGUAAUGGUAACAGUAGGGGUCGUGUGAAAUUUAUGUUGGAUGAGGUAGGAGGAAGUGUUAGGACAAGUUCUUCUGAUGAUGCUGCCACUUCUUCUUCCCAUGGAUUGAAUAUUAAUAGUGAGAAAAAUCAUAUGGUUAUUCCUCCUAGUCCCACUGUGCCUUCCAUUAUUCCUCCUGUCUCUUCUACUCAGCAAUUUCCUCCUCCCAUAGCCCCAAUUAAUUAUCAUCGACAUACUGAAUUUGUAUCAUCAAGAAAUGUGCAGAGUUUGAGUAGUCCUGCUGCCCUACCACCCCUCUUGCCAACACCAUCACCAUCACCAUCACCAUCACCAUCAUAUACUGAUAUAUCGCAACAAAUGAUAAGUCUGCUCACAAAGUGCAAGGAUGUCGUGAACAACUUGUCGGGUGCACUGGGCUAUGUUCCCUAUCACCCACUAUAAUGAAUAGAUGAAUUCUAAAGCAUUUUAUGUGGAUGGGCUUCUACGGAUUUGCGACUUUUGAAGAGGAAUAUUGGUUUGAUGGGGAAAGAAGGAGCAGAAGCCAAAUUAUAUUUGUACUGAAAAUUGGUGAUAGUUGCUACUUUGUAAUGGUUGUCUCAUUUUUGUUGGAAUUAGUAUUCAGUCGCCAAUAUACUUAUUAGAAACGCGAAGGGCUGAACUGAUCUUAGUUUAGGCAUUUCCGUUGGCCUGCAACGUUUUUAAUCUUAAGCCAGCAAAUUCCCAAUUUCUAUUUGUGAUUGGUAAAAUGAGCAAAAUUUUGAAUGACAUCGAUCUACUGCUAUAAUUUAACGUGGAC